GUCAGAUAAUUUGAUGUGGUGCAAGUAAGAGCCCCAAGCCGGUUGACCAACGGACUGGACUAUGUAUAUACAUGAAAGAAGUGUCUCGACUUCAAGAUUAGCUAGCUACCUGCAUGAUCGUCGGUGAAUGAUUGUUGAUAGUGAGUUGCCCCGGGAAACUGUCCCUUCACGCAAAAGGAAAUAAAAGCACGGGACUCUUGUGUUGUUCGUUAAUGAUGCCGAUGCUGAUGCUGAAGUGAUGUAAUCAGAAUGGGACAACCAAACGGGGGAGGAAGGAACAGACCGGACUUGUACAAAUAUGAGUGGCAGAAGGACGACCAUCACUUGACUUUCAUUGCCAAAGAACCUGAACUGAGCAUUGAUUGUACUUGGCUUAUUUACCUAUUAAUUCGACUUACCGAAAAGAAAAGUCCCAAACAAACAUGGGUAUCGUCCACGUCGAACUCUUUGAGUUCAAACCCCUGGCGACACAGGAGGAAGUUCAGCAGGUCUGCGACAAAAUGAUGUCUCUCAAAGACCGCUGCAUCCACCCGAAAACACACAUGCCGUACCUCAAGACGGCGAUAGGAGGAGCGGAUGUUUGUCCUGAGGGGUUGAGGGGCCGCAUCUCCCACGUGUUUGUGAGCGAAUUCGACACACCCGAAGACCGCAAAUUCUACCUGGAGGAGGACCCGGCGUUCCGGGAGGCUGUGGAGAGCAUCGAGGGGAUUGUGGAGAGGAGGCAGGUUGUUGAGUUUAGCCCGGGGGAGUUUUGAUGGUGGUUUGGAUUUUUUUUCUGUUUUCUUUUCUUUUCUC